AUCAGAUCAACAUUCUCAUGAUGCGAGUCUGUGUGCGUGUGUGAACGUGCGCGUGCCCGCGGCGCUGUGAGCGCGCCUGUAGGUGCUGAUGGAGCGGAGCUUCAUUCAGUGUGAACACAGUCUGAGGAGGAGGAGGAGGAGGAGGAUGAAGAGCGGGGACCCCUCAUCUGAUCAGAUCAUCGAUCCGCGAUGAUCGAUCAGAGUCUGCAGCCGCGCUGAUCAGCUGAUCCCGGAGCGGCUGCACGAGGCGACAAUCAGCGUCAUCAAUCAAUCGAUCGAUCACACCUGAUGUGAGACGCGGCGGGAGACAAUCGGCUGACCGGAGGACGGAGCGGCGGGUCCUGGACUCUGGACUCCGGACCGCUCUCUGGAUCAUGUGACCGACCAGCUUCAGGUUCGAUCCCCGCAGGAGCCACAGGGAGACCCCGCAGGUCGGAAGUUCUGAAGACUGUUUAACUUCCUGUACAGACCACCCUGGGAACUGCACUGCUAACAGCUAACAGCUAACAGCUAGCAGCUAACAGCUAACAGCUAGCCAGUGGGGCAGUCCUGUAGUUGGUGUUCAGGCUGUUGGAUGGCAACAGGAGUGAACUACUGGAGCUCUUAUGAACCCAGUUACAAGGUGAGCGAGUGCGUGUGGGGCGGCGAACAGGAGUCCAGCAGUGAGGAGGGAGGAGGCGGGGUCACAUGGGACACACACGGCAUGGAGGUCAAAGGUCAACUCAUCUCGGCACCUGACCCUCUCACCUGUCCUGACAGGAAGCAGAGGGAGCGAAUGGCAGAGCUGCAGGAGAGGAGGCGGGGCCUGCAGGCGCUGCUGAGCACACGACUGGCUGAGCUAAGACGCAUCUGUCUGCAGGAGGCGGAGCUGACAGGUGCGGUGCCCAGUGACUUCCCCCUGGAGGCGGGAGAGAAACCCCCCUGUGUCCGCCGGAGAGGGGGCGCGCCUCGCCAAGGAAACAGGAAGUGUCGAAUGGAGGAGGAAGACUCUCAGCGUUCGAAGCCGAAGAAAACUUUAUUCAGUGGAGCUCUGAGGAAACACAGCGACCCUGAACACAACACACACACACACCAUGGCAAGAGGACCGUACACAGAGGCUGCCACACAGAUGACACAGUGAGGUCAGAGAGCAGCUCCACGUCAGACUCAACAGGACUGGAUAACGAUGACGGCGUGUCUCAGUGUCGCCCCCCGCUGGUCGCUGCUGGUUCUCCAGUGGAGGUUUUCUACCAGAACAAAACCAGGAGGAACUCACUGCACAACAGGACUGACCAUCCAGAGACUCUUCACAAGCCCCCACCCCUGCCCCCCUCCCACCCCCCCCCCCUCCAUCCUCCUCCUCCUCCCCCUCGCUCUCAGGACUCCUCCUCCUCGUCCGGCCCCUCUGAUCCAGGUCUGGCAGGGGAGGGCAGGGUCAGGGUUAACGCAGCUCGCCACAGUAACAGCUCCGAUGGCCUCCUGGAACGCAUCACCCCCCCAGAGGAGGAGGGAGGGGCACAGCAGGGGGGAUUGUGGGUAAAUGGUCUGCAGGGGUCCAGAGGAACGAACACGGCAGGAGCAUUGAGGAGCUCCGAGACACUGACGGACGGUCGGACGAGGGGAAGGGCGAGGACAAAUAACAGCCUCACAGAGGGCGGAGGAGCGGGGCGAGGAAGAGGAGGAGGCAGAGGAGGAGGAGGGUACAGCGAGGUCCUGCUGGACUACGUCUGGGGGAAACAGCAGCAGCUGCAGCGACAGCAGUCCCAGCCCAACAACAGGCAGCCAAUCACAUCACAGCAACAGCUGCUCUACAAUGGCUACUCCUCCCAGCAACCCUCUGGAGCCCCGCCCACCUACCGCGGUCACCUAGGCGACCAGCGGCGAGUCAAAGUGACCCGCACCAAGUCCUGCGGCCCCUUCCUCCCAGUGCAGCAGAGCCAGACUGAUACCCAUAAUCCUCCUCUGUCUGCCAUCCAGCCAGACCCCCACCCCCAUCUGCUGCCCCCUAGACCACCACAGCUGCCCCCCGCCCAGGACGCACAGCUGGAGGAGGCCACCAGGAGCCUCCACAAGGCCCUCGCCCUGGAAGGUCUGAGGGACUGGUACCUGAGAAACACAAUAGGCUCCACCCACCAAAACCAGACCAAUGGAAAGGUCAACACGGGGGUCAGUACGAAGAUGAACGGAGCGGUCAAAGGUCAGGCCGGAGGGGGAGGAGCUCUGCAGGGCAGACGGAGGACUCACGGUGGCGUCCAGCAGUCGACCUAUCAGACGGAGACGAAUCAUCAUCACGUUCCGACGCAUCACAAAAAGACGCUGCCACAUUCAGCCACAUUCCACGGACAUCCACUGCAUGGCAGGUCUAUGGACGGUUCUCUCUACCACGACUUCCCUCCUCAGAAACAGGAAGACCAGCCGUCUCCUGGAACUCUGGUCUGAGUCACCGACCAAUCAGGACGCUGACGGACAGACACAUGGGCCAAUCCCGGGCUGGCUUCCUGGGAUCACGACCUGUCUGGACUGUGUCCCGCAGGAUCUUCAGGGGAACCAGGGGAACCAGGACCAUGGUGGUUCUCUUCAGGUCACACCAGCAGCUGCGUCCUGCCCACAGCUUCACCUGAAACCCUGCCCACCAUGAUGUCACACAGUGGAUGAUGAUGUCACUGUCCUGUUGGCAGCUGCAGUCUGACCUCGGGGUGGGGUCUGGACUGGACUCAGGAACUGGAAAUGAGUUUAAUGACAUUGAUGUGUGAACAUCGUUGAACUGACCGGCCCAAAGGGUUUCUGGGUAAAAACUCAGCUGUCACGUGACAUGUUAAAAUUGACCUGCAGUUUUUUUCCUGCGGGACGUUUUCUAAAUUUUCUACGACGACGUCUUUGAUCUGACUCUGCUCAGACAAUCAGGACCAAACCAGAGUUUUAUAUCAGCUUUUGAUAGAAGUGAUGAUGAUGAUGAUGAUGAAAGUGUUGCACUCUCACCAGCUGACAUCACCAGCUCCGCCCACCAGACCAGCAGUUUUUAAAGAGUGAACCUUUUGAUAAUCGGACCUGUUUGAUCCCUCAGGUGAGUCCAGGUGAGUCCAGACAGAAACCAGCAGGUGACACUCUUCAGGUAUUCUCACGUCUCUGCACUAAAAGUCUGACGAGGUCUUCGGUCUGAGAGCAAUAAGAGGACGGCGGAGUCCACGUCGUGUUCUGGUUGAACCCUUUUAACUUUUCAGGACGAAAAUCGUUUGCAGCGACAAUCAGACGAUGAUGUCACAGUGUUGAUUGAUUGAUUGAUUGAUUGAUUGGUCUAUUCAUCGACUGAACGGAGCUUCAGUGAAACUCUUUUGUACAGAUGUCCGUGAACUCAACUUGAAUGAAAUGCAACUUUUAAAAAAAAGUGAAAUCAGUGUUUAAUGGAGGUCGGAUGGAUUCUGAUCCGUCAACAUGUUGAUUAUUGAAUAUUGAUUAGUAAUCAAUAACACGUCUCUCUGUGUGUUGUGAUGAAAAUGUGUUUUAGUUCCUGACUGAUGACGUCUGUGCUUUUUAUUCUGAGUCCACUUCAAUCAUUCAGCUCCAUAAAAACCAGUCUGACCUCCAGCUGCCUCCGACAGGAAGCCACGGUCACAUGACGCCGUCACAUGAUGAUGUCACACGAUGAUGUCACAUUCAGACACAUGAAGAGGAAACUCUUCACCCAGAACCAGAGAUCAGGGGUGCCCUUCAUUAUGCUAACUUAUGCCUCCUCGCCUCCUUUCUCCUCCUCUGUCAUACUCGUGCCUCCUCUUUCCUCCUCUCUCCUUCUAUGUCCUCCUCUCUCCUCCUUUCACCUUCUUUCUCCUCCUCUGUCCUCCUCUCGCCACCUCUCUCCUCCUCUUUCCUCCUCUUUUCUCCUCUCUCAUCUCCUCUCCCCCCUCCUCUCUUACUCCUCUCUUCUCUCCUCUUUUCCUCUCCGCUACUCUCGCUUCCUCUCCCCUCUUUUCACCUUCUCUCUCCUCCUCUCCUAAUCCAUCCUCUUCUCUCUUUCUCUGUCCACCUCUCACCUCCUCUUUCCUUCUCUCUCUUGCCUCCUCUGUCCCCCUCUGUCUUUGUCUCCUCCUUUCACCUCUUUCCUCCUCUGUCCUCCUGUGACCUGGAAAUCUUUCCCCCUCCGCCAUGAUGGAGGGUCUUCUAAUCCCUCAGACGCACCUCAAGGAGACAAGGAGAGAGGAGACAUGGAGAGAGGAGAUGAGAAGAUGAGGAGAGAGGAGGCUUCAGGAGGAGUUUAGAGUAAGGAAACACAGGUGUAUCCUAUACAGAAGUCUUUUAUCAAGUGGUGUGACUACGGAGGCCCUCGAGGGUCAUGGUGAGAGUUUUUGCUGCGGCACACAAUGAAUCUCUCUCCUCAGUCCUCGUGUCUCGUCCUCACGUCUCUUCCUUGUCUCCUCUGUCCUCACGUCUCUUCCUUGUCUCCUCAGUCCUCACGUGUCUUCCUCGUCUCCUCCACUCACAUCUCCCGUUGGCAGGACUAAGCUGAGAGGAAAGGAAGCGAGUGAGUGAAAUGAGGAGACAAUUUAGCAUGAUGAAAUGCACCUCGACUGUUAACGUCACACAGCGCCCCCCACAGGACACAUAUAUGCAGCUUUAGAUCAUUAUGGCCAAACACAAGCCCCGCCCACCUCCAAAGGUUGCUGCUGCUGGCCAACGUUCGUCUUCACGUCUGACUGGAUGAUGUCAUAUAACUUGACAUCUGAUUGGCUGCAGCAGCUGUCAUGUGACCGCAGCUUCAGAGGAGCAGAAAGAGUCCCAGCAUGCACUUCUUCUAACUCACACCAAAGCAGAACAGAAACAUGUAAAUACUGAACUCUGUGUCCGUCUGAAUCUGAUACGACCCUGCAGCUCAGACGCCCCGCAGAACGUCACCAGCCACAAACCAAACCCUGUACACAUUUCUAAAGACGUCUGUUGAUCGAUGUGACUCACCUCUGUCUGAUGUGUCACAGUGUGAAGUGUUUCCUGCUGCUGAGGACGACUCCGACGUGUCCUCAGUGUCCUCAGUGUCCUCACAGUGUUUGUUCAGAGUCCAUCAGGCUCAGUACUGUACAGUACCAGUACCACUUCUGGGUACAGUGCUAUGUCGUACCAGUAUUUGUUCCAUGUCCCCCUUCAGGUCCAGAACCAGCUGUUGUCCAGCCAUGUGGACAGUCUGUCAGUGUGACAUCACAGCGGUCUCUGCGGUGAUGCAUUCAGGUGCACUCUGUACAGUCCAAACUCUCUGUAAAAAUCAUUUUCUAUCUUUUUGGACUCUUUUGUCAUUUGUACUUUUUUCACUCUUUCCGCUGUUCGAGGUGAAAAUUAAAAAUGUAAAUAGAUGAUUGACACACUGUAAACAGGAUGUUUUUAAAUAAAGCUUUCUCUUUACUGUUUCCAGA